AUGUGCAAUGGGGACCUGUGCCCAUCAGGUAACAACUUGAUUGCCACCUUCUCAUAUAAAAAGAGCUCAAGAUUGGCUAGAAGAUACGAUGGAAGAAGGACUAUGUUCAGCAGUGGGCUGAGACGGUCUGAAGAUGUUGAUGACAGAAGUAGGCCUGCAAGCAAGUUCCGAGUGGAGUCCGCGCAAGUCAGCUUAAACGCUCCGAAAUCCUUCAACCCACCCGGCGAACGUCUGGGAACGAACCCGCGACCUCUGACGUCAAUCAGCCGAACCCAAUGCCGCGUGGUGAGCGAUCUUGGCUGUCAAUGCCUGCUAUUUGUCGGAAUAGAUGGCGGCCGACGCUGGCGUCUG